AUGAAUACUACUAAUUCAACGUCCACACCUGCUCCCACGCUCAACAAUGGCGAUGCCGCUUGGAUUCUUGCUUCUACCGCACUCGUCAUGAUAAUGGUGCCGGGUGUCGGUUACUUUUACAGUGGUCUUGCUCGCAGCAAGAAUGCUCUAUCGCUUAUUAUGUUGUCCAUGUUGUCUCUUGCUGUCGUAUCAUUCCAGUGGUGGUUAUGGGGUUACAGUUUAGCUUUCAACACAGACAGUGAUAGUCCGUUCAUCGGCACUCUCAACAACGCAUUUCUGAUGGACACCCGCGACGACACAUCAACAACAGCUGUCGCCCUCACAUCAAUCCUCUUUUGCAUUUUCCAAGGAAUGUUUGCAGCAAUCACUCCAGCACUCGCCAUUGGUUCAGCCGCUGAGCGUGGUCGUAUUCUUCCUGCCAUUCUCUUCAUCUUCAUAUGGUCGACUAUAGUUUACGAUCCCAUCGCUUACUGGACCUGGAAUCCAAAGGGUUGGGCAUUCAAACUCGGUGUUCUCGAUUUCGCCGGUGGUACGCCUGUCCACAUUUCGUCUGGUGCUGCUGCUCUUGCCUACUGUCUCAUUGUCGGUAAACGUCACGGUCACGGAACUGAUGAAUUCAAGCCCCACAAUGUUGCCAAUGUCGUUCUUGGAACCGUUUUCCUCUGGUUCGGUUGGUUUGGAUUCAAUGGUGGUUCUGCUGGUGACGCUACAGCUCGCGCUGCUAUGGCUUCAUGCGUAACAAACUUGGCGGCUGCUGUCGGUGGUCUUACAUGGAUGUUGUUGGAUUACCGUUUGGAACGUAAACUUUCCGUUGUUGGAUUCUGUUCUGGUGCGGUCGCUGGUCUUGUGGCGAUCACCCCUGGUUCUGGUUUCGUCUCCCCACCAUCUGCAGUUGCCUUUGGUGUCGUGGCUGGUAUUUGCUGCAACAUGGCUGUGAAAUUGAAGCACAUUUUCGACUUUGACGAUGCUUUGGAUGUAUUUGCUGUCCAUGGUGUUGGUGGUCUUACUGGCAACAUCUUGACUGGUAUCUUCGCCCAGUCGUCUAUUCCCGCACUCGAUGGAGUAGUUAUUCCUGGUGGAUGGCUUAAUGGCAACUGGAUUCAAGUACCCCGCCAACUUGCCGAUUCUGCCGCCGGUAUGAGUUACUCCUUCUGCCUUACCUACCUCAUCCUCUUCAUUAUGGACAAGAUUCCAGGUCUUGCUAUUCGUGCUGAUCAUGAAACUGAAACUCGAGGUCUUGAUGAAGCUGAACUCGGUGAAUUGGCUUACUACCAUGUUGAUCGUCUCAUUACCGUCAAUACCAGAACUGGCGAGACAAAGUCAAUUAAGGAAGAGACAGUACAUCAGGGCAACGACACCAACGUCACAAUUGUGUAG